AGUUAUUCAAAGCCUCUCAAGAUUGACAGUCGACUUGUUACUUGUUGGUCCCCAAAUCGGCAUCAGCUAUUCAAAAAGUACCUAUGUACUUGUAAACUCAACAUAAAAAAAAGAAAAUGUAAUUGUUUCCGAUUACAAGACGACUUGACUUUUAUUUCCGGAAGAAACAAACCGGAUACGCGCUAAGAUAUAUGUACUUACAUACUCCGAACAUAGUAUUAUUAUAAAUAAUAAUUCAAAAUUUUGUAUCAAGACAGUAUAAAUUCAUGUGUUUUAAUUUUUUUGAAACUUGUGUCGCAUACAGCGUACCGCAUCGCAAACGCAAAUUGCUGCAUACGAGUAGUUAUAGCAUAGCCAUAAUAGUGUCAAUUAAGUUUAAUCGCAACUUGUAGGUACAACAGCUAUACACGCCCGCAAACUCACUCGAAUCUUGAAUUGGAUUCAAGCUCAAUGAAAUGAUACAAGUACCUAUAACCUACCUAUGAGCUAUGCCAGAGUCUAUGUAUCAUAUAAAGCUAGAAAUACUUCUGAAUGCUAAUUGACUUGGCCGUAGUUGUUUUUGUACGUAUAGUUGAUGUCAGCUUUGUCGCCGUCGUUUUCAUUGCCGAUUGUCGUUGUAGUUGUCGUUGCCGUCCGUCGUCGUCGUCGUCGCAGUCAUAGUCGAAGUCGUCGUCGUGUCGAUUGUUAAGAUGUUUUUCUUAUUGGUGCUUCUAGACUAAUAAAUACGAUACGCGAUUACAACGACCCCUGGAACAAUAAUUUAUAAAUACUCAGGACUUUUAUAUUUUGGUUUUAUUAAAGUCAAAAGUGCUAAGUGUUAAAUAGCUUAAGUGUCAGUUCGGUCUGUUUUGUUAUAAAAAUAGUAACAAUCGACAGUAUCACUAUUUGUGUUCACAUACUACCGACGUUAUACCUACCUAGUAAAAAAAAAAACGCCGCGCCGGCUUCCAAUUCUACAAUUCUAAUUCAAGAUUUCAAGUCGGGACGGUUAGUCGAUCGAUAGACUUAUUGAAAUGUCUUCUAGUUCGUUACUGAGUGCAUUAGUGAGUUGUUUUUUGGCGGUCUUUGUUAAUGGCAGCCUUCAAAUGGUGCAUAAUUUCAGCCAGAAUGAGAACCAUCAACUAACAAGCUCUCAGCUUCCGUUAGAUCCGAUGAGGGUUAUUAGAGACGGCGGAACGAAAGUCAAUAAUGACAUAGUCCAGCUCCUACUACAAUCAAUGAACACAUCUGCAUCAAUGGUUACAGCAGCAAUAGCAAAAGCAACAGCAUCAGGAAAGCCAUCAACGGCUUUCGAGAACGACCAUCAUCGCCAACAACUGCGACGACGAUUACGUCGGGAUGACAAUGUGAAGCCAGAGUCGAAGCUGAUGACAGAUGAUGAGGAUACCACCACCACCAACACCGCCGCCGUCAACACCACCUCCAACUCUAGUCCCACUUUUUCAUCGGAUGAAGUCGGUUGGUCGAACAUAAACGAAGAAGUCGAUAUGGUAAUACCAAUGGUAUUAGCACAUUUACAAGAGCUUGGCCUGGCGCAUCUCGACUUGCCGGACAUGCAGGAGAGUUUAUCUGUGAGGCCCCUCUUCAUCACAUAUUCAGCUGGAUUAUUCCUCAACAACGGCCUGGUCUACAAUCUAGGUGGCAUUCAGAGGAAUGGAAACGCAUUGAUGACAUAUUCUGAUAGAUCAUUUAUAUGCCGAUUUUAUCUGCUCAUCAAGAGUCUACAGUUCGAUUAUGAUUUCGUACUUAAGCUAAUGGCUGUGGUUGGAUAUGGAAAAGUGGUUGGAUCCUUGGACGACACCGUGAUAUAUGCAGAUCUUUCAAUUAACGUAGAAGAUACUCGACUUCGAUUGAAUGAUUUCCGGAUAAUUAAAUUUCGAAAUAUCCAAGUUCAAUUGAGUCAAAGAAGAUUCAUUCAAGAACUGACCGGAGUGAUUUUGAGUCCAAUUACGAAUCUCUUUCGAGACAGAAUAACAACAUCCAUUUCAGAUGGCCUCAAGGACCAAAUGCAAGGAGUAAUGGACGAUUUCAAUAACAAGGAUCCUUUGGAAUUAAGGACAUUUGCAAAACAAAUGUUGGCUGGUCUAACUGGUCAAAGUUAGAACAUAACCAACUACAUAUAUAAUAAUAGAGUUAACUAGAUUUGUGUGCCAAAUAUUUAUAAAUAUAAAACCUAUACAUGUAUUUUAUGUACCUAUACAUUUGUAUGUACAUCCUAUAGAAGGGAGGGGAUGAUGGGGAGAACAAACAGAAAAAAAUAAAGUGAUUUACGUUGUCUA